AUGGCUUCCACCACCCUCUUCCGCCUCGCCACGCGCUCGGUGCGCCCGGCCACCUUUGCUCGCGCUGCCUACGUCCGUCCCAGCCUUCCCACUCGCGUUACGGCUGCUGCCAGCUUUGUCGCCGCCAACAACUUCAGCAUCUCCGCCAAGCUUCGCAGCGGUCACGAGGAGGAGACCUACGAGGAGUUCUCGGCCAGAUAUGAGAAGGAAUUCGACGCUGUCCAAGACGUUUUCGAGCUCCAGCGCAACUUGAACAAUGCUUUCGCCUACGAUCUUGUUCCCUCUGUCGAAGUCGUCUCUGCUGCUCUCCGUGCUGCUCGCCGAGUAAACGACUUUCCCACCGCGGUCCGCGUCUUUGAAGGUGUCCGCGCCAAGGUUGAGAACGAGGGCCAGUACAAGCAAUAUCUCGAGCAGCUAGAGGCUAUCCGAACCGAGCUCGGCAUCUCUCUUCAAGAGGAGCUCUACCCCAAGAGCGACUAA